AUGACCGACGCCUCAACAACAAACAUCGUGACGUUCCAGGUCCUCUAUCGAAUUCCGUUUCGCUACCUCUACAUACCUGGCCUGUACAUUGCACUGCUCGGUCUCUUCACCUUCGGCCAUGCACUCCACACCGUUUUCACACACACAGACCCCGGCAGAUACUACAGAUUCUUGAUCUGGCUAGUCCUUGUAUCUGGUUACCUUCUAACUCUAGCCGGCACAAAUCUCUGUCUGGUCUGGCAUGUGUUCAAGGACGAGAAAAUUCCAGAUCUGAGAGGAAAGCACAUAGUCAUGACUGACUCCGAAAAGCGAACGAACAAGGUCCUCCGAAGCGUUGCCAGGUUCGUUCCGUGGCGCUUCGCCCACAUACCUGGCGUAUCUCUCAUCGUUCUUGGCAUCUUCGUUCUCUAUCAUACAUUCAGUCUGCAUCGAAAGCGUCCUGGUGCUACAGACUGGGAUACAAUGCUACAAAUCCACAGUUCAAAGGAAACUUGA